UCAUGUCGUUCUCGUUCAUGUCAUUUCGGGAAAAUAACAAUUUCUUAAAAAUACGCUUUUGUACAUUGUGAAAUUGUGAAAUAAAUAAAUAGGAAGAUUUAAUAAUUAUGUCGGAUAAUGAUGAUGAUUAUAUGUGUGAGGAAGAAGAGGAUUAUGGCCUGGAAUACUCAGAGGACAGCAAUUCAGAGCCAGAUGUUGAUCUGGAGAAUCAAUACUACAAUAGCAAAGCCUUGAAAGAGGAUGAGCCGCAAGCAGCUCUGCUUAGUUUCCAAAAGGUCCUCGAACUCGAGGGAGGGGACAAGGGGGAAUGGGGCUUCAAAGCUCUCAAACAGAUGAUCAAAAUUAAUUUUAAAUUGGGUAAUUUCACAGAAAUGAUGUCUCGAUACAAACAGCUGCUAACAUACAUCAAGAGUGCAGUCACUAGGAACCAUUCCGAGAAGUCUAUCAACUCUAUUUUGGAUUAUAUAUCUACUUCUAGAAAUAUGGAAUUGUUACAAGACUUCUAUGAAACAACAUUAGAAGCUCUAAAGGAUGCCAAGAAUGAUAGGCUAUGGUUUAAGACAAACACAAAGUUAGGCAAACUGUACUAUGACCGAGGAGAUUUUAAUAAACUCGCCAAGAUCUUAAAGCAACUACAUCAAAGCUGUCAGACGGAUGAAGGUGAGGACGACCUCAAGAAGGGCACGCAGCUGCUCGAGAUAUACGCGCUCGAGAUCCAAAUGUACACCGCACAGAAGAACAACAAGAAGCUGAAGGCUCUCUAUGAACAAUCAUUGCACAUCAAGUCUGCUAUUCCACAUCCACUCAUUAUGGGUGUUAUUAGAGAAUGCGGUGGUAAAAUGCACCUUCGCGAGGGAGAGUUCGAAAAGGCUCAUACAGACUUCUUUGAAGCGUUUAAGAAUUACGACGAAUCUGGAAGUCCAAGGCGGACGACCUGCUUGAAAUACCUCGUUUUAGCUAAUAUGCUUAUGAAAUCAGGCAUCAAUCCCUUCGACUCGCAAGAGGCGAAGCCUUAUAAAAACGAUCCGGAGAUCUUAGCUAUGACGAACCUCGUGAUGGCGUAUCAGAACAAUGAUAUCAACGACUUCGAGUCCAUACUAAAACACAACAGGAAUAACAUAAUGGACGACCCAUUUAUCAGAGAACACAUAGAGGACCUGCUCAGGAACAUCAGAACGCAGGUCCUGAUCAAACUGAUCGGGCCAUACACUAGGAUUCAUAUACCGUUUAUAUCUAAGGAACUCAACAUUGAUGAGAAAGAAGUCGAGAAUUUACUGGUCACCUGUAUUUUAGAUAACACGAUCAGCGGUCGCAUCGACCAGGUGAACUCUGUCCUGGAGCUGGUGGGCAGCGCGCGCGGCGCGGCCCGCUACGGCGCGCUGGACAAGUGGACGGCGCAGCUGGCCUGCCUGCACCUGGCGCUCGCCAACAAGAUGGCCUAGCGCCGCCGCCCGCCCGCCCGCCCCGCCCGCCCCGCCCGCCGCUAGCUGCCUAUGUCCGCUUACAAACACUUGCCAAUUUAACGCAGGCAUUGUUCGUUCGACCUUCAAUUGUCAUUCUGCCAGUCUUCACAUUAUUCAUUACACUGUACCUCAAGAUGGAAACAUACUAUUUACGAGCCACCGUCUUCACGUGUCGAUCUCCCGAUUUGCCCCAUGCCCACGUGACGUGAUAACGUUGGAUUGUCACGGUGGAUUCAAACCCAAAAUGUCUUUUCGUAUUCUUCUGCGUAUUAAUAUAAAGAAAUGAUCACUUGCUAGGACGGUGAAGGAACACAGUGAAGAUUCCAACUACCUUAAAAAAAUCAAUGGUAUCUUAUAAUAUCAAGACAAGGUGCAGUGAUACAAAACGUUAACACCGCGUUGUGCCUCGCGACUGAUCAGCAUUUGCUAAUGAACAGGAAUUGUUCCAAAAAUUAUUAUUGAGUGUCAAAAAAAAAACCUUAAUAACAGGAAUGUUGUCAAAAGGCUGACGAAAUAGAUCGUUGUCACUUGGGAUGGCAUGUAAUCGUGUUUUUUUAUGUACCACAGGCCACAGUAAAUACACAAGGUUAGGCUGACACUGCUGUACGUAGUAUGUUUCCACCUUUAUAUCAAUAAAAUCCUUCAACUAUUUAUACAUACAACUGAUAUCACCCUAAGUAUGGGUUCUGAUGUACAUUUUUCACUUUCUAAUGAUCGUUGUAUCUAUACAUUUAUGAAGUUCCUAGUUUGCGAUGGUGUAAUUUUGGACUGAAUACAGAUUACCAAUUGCCAUCAAAUUUAUAAUUUCCCAAAAUCAUGUUCCAUCGCAAACUGUACUCUCUGAGUAGGGUACAUGUUGUGUUGAGCCUAUGUUAUGUUAUGUAUGUGCAAGUUGUAGAACCAAAUGUUGUAUAGUAGAAUGUGCAUGUGCACUGUGUGGACAAGGCUGUCGGGCGAACAUUUUAUUCAAUAAACGAUCAGUUUAGUCAAUAUGUAAUGUUGUUUAAAGGCGCGUGUUCUCGUGUAGUAGUGCGACAUAAGUGAGUGUGUGCAGAGGCCGGAGCGGGCGGCGCCGGCGACCCGCGCCAGGCCGGAGCGGGCCGGAGCGGGCCGGUCCGGGACACAGUUCCCUAUUUAAGUCUCGAACAUGACGUCACUCGUUCAAGUAGUAAACUUGGCUCCGGAAUAGUGUAAUACAGUUUUAUAAUAUUCUCGAUGCACUUAUGAAAUGGUGAUGCCUGUAUACCCGACACCCCUGUGUGUUGCUGUGAACUGAAAUGUUUCAAAUUGAAAUCAUCAACUAGAGUUGGAAUUGGAAAUGUGAUAUUGUAUAUGGAUGCGUGUAGUGAUUAGUUUAUAUAUUUGUGAAUAAUGUAAUAUUUCUCCACAAAUUAUAAAAAGACAUCAAACGGUGGCUUGACAUGAUCCUGCUUGUAAUUAUUGGGAACAAUCUCGGCAGAGCAACAACCGAUGAACACUCUUAUUUCAGUGCAGUGUGAUAAUGCAAAUACACUAUUUCAAGUAA